AUGCUUGACACUACCAAUUUUUCCGUCACGGAUUUUUGGCGGAUUCAGUCCCAUGUUGAGUUCUCGAACAACUGGUUCGGAUCCGUGAGUGUUUGUAUCCUCGUAUUCGGCUUUUGUCUCAUCACAGUGUUCGGGACUACGGGGAAUGCUGCAAUGUGUUACAUUAUCAUCAAGAAGAAAAAUCUCAAGUCUUGUAGGAAUUGGUACAUUAUGAACUUGUCUCUGUCGGACAUUCUCACUUCCGUCUUAUGUAUUCCUUUCACUGUGGUACGAUUGAUUAUGAAACAUUGGCCACUUGGUGAAAUCGUGUGUAAACUUGUGCCUACUUUACAGACAAUCUACGUUUUCGUGUCCACCUUUACCAUUAUGUUGAUAGCCGUGGACAGAUACAGGGCCAUAGUUCAUUGUGCCAAUGCCACUCGUGAUCGAACGCGCCUCAUGUAUAUUUUCCCAAUGGUGUGGAUGGUAUCACUCGCCUUAGCACUUCCAAUGUUCGUUUUUCACGAGGUUGAAGACGUCUACAUUACUAAAGGAAUAUUUUUGUUCUCAUCUUGUUUAGAGAAUUGGAGCUCGGAUAUAGCUAGGAAGAGUUACGCCUCUGUGAUAUUAGGCAUUCAUUUUAUAUUCCCAAUGAUAGUUAUAGUUUCUUUACACAUCCUCAUUUGCAAAUUUAUACGAACUCAUAUAGAAUCAAAACCUUCGUAUUCACGAGAACUUCACCGAAGUAGACGUAAUCUAUUACGACAGAGGAAAAACAUAAUCCUUUUGACAUCUAUUACAGUAUCUUUUGCCAUUACAUGGCUACCCCUUACACUAAUAAAUCUCCUUGCGGAUCUCAACUAUCAUCUUUUUACGGGAAUAAAUUUUAACUGGCUGAAAGCUGUUUGCCAUUUACUUGCCAUGAGCUCGGUCUGUAUCAACCCUAUCAUUUAUGGAUGGUUCAACUCUAAUUUCAGGCGCGAGAUUAAAGCUAUGAUAUGUCGAAGGCGACGUGAAAAGGAUAACAAAAGCUUCCUGAUGGGCCUGACAGAACAUAGAUCUUCUCGCUGUCGUGAUCGAAUCGAGCUUGGAGUAUACGGCUUAAUACCAACAAGAACAGAUAUUCGUACCAUGGAAACCCGGACAGCCGAGGUCUGUCCCACUGAAACGCCUCACGAUCAUCACUUGUCCCCAUUACCUGCCACCGGAUGUUGUGUAGAGGCGGACACGGCUACUGGCUUACCAACUCACUUACUAUCGGUCAGUUAA